AGCCUCUACGCUGCUGUCAAGCGCCGAAGGUCACACGCGUGUUUUUGAACACAAAGAUGCUUAAGAACUGAGCAGCUGAUAAAUGCAGUAAAAAUAAGACUUUAUGCUAAUAGGAAAAUAUGCGUGCAUUGCUAACUCUUGUUUAAUGAGGACGUUUCAGACACAGACAUCUCGAAGGUGUGUUUUCUUCUCAGUCAGCCUUACUUAAAAGCAUCACAUCUUCACAUACUUUCCGCUAUGCUUAGGUGUAUAGUUAGACUUCAGAGUCAGGUUGGGAAUGCUUUUUCUCUCAGUAAGGUGUGUCUGAGAAAUCAGCACUACGAAUGUGUUGCGAGAUACUCCGCAGCCACAGCAGAGAGGAAGAGAUUUUAUCAAGAUGUCAGCAUAUCUCAAAGUGAAGGUGGUUUAUAUGAGAUAAACCUCGACCAAAGGAAGCUGAAAACUCCAGGAGGGAAGCUGUUCACGGUGCCAAAUGAAGCCUUGGCCAUCGCUGUUGCAACUGAGUGGGAUGCUCAAAGGGACACGCUCAAGUUCUACACUAUGCACUUGACUACCCUGUGCAACACGGCUCUCGACAAUCCCACCCAACGCAGCAAAGAACAAAUGAUCACCGCUGCUCUCAAGUUUCUGGAGACUGACACCAUCUGUUACAGAGUAGAUGAGCCCCAUGGUUUAGUCGAGCUGCAGAAGAAUGAAUGGGACCCUGUGCUGCAGUGGAUUGAAAAAAGAUAUAAUGUCGCUAUCGGCUCCUCAGCCAGUAUUUUGGGCCCUGAGAUUCCAGAAGCAACCAAAGACAACUUACGGCAACAUCUCAAGUCUUACAACUUCUGGUCUCUGACAGGACUUGAAUAUGUGAUCACCCAGCUGAAGUCUAUUGUGUUGUCACUGGGCAUGAUUGACAGGCACCUGAGCGUGGAGCAGGCUGUGUUGCUCUCCAGACUGGAGGAGGAAUACCAGAUUCGACGCUGGGGAAACGUGGAGUGGGCCCAUGACUACGACAUGUAUGAGCUGAGGGCACGGACUGCUGCUGGUGCCCUUUUUGUUCACCUCACAUCCGAGAGUUCGACUGUCAAACAUAAACUUCUGCAGGACUGAAAAGGAUUAGGAUCAACUACCGAGAACAUCCCCAGCACCUAUGUUGUAUAAAUGUCUCUGCAUUCAUAAAAAGGCUGCAUAUUCUGUCUGUUCUGUUUAGCAGUGACAGCUGCUCUGUUGUGAUCUGUUAUCCAGUCAUCUCACUCCAGUAAAACAUGCUGGCUCUCCUUUUUGCAGUGUUUACAUGUAGCAGCUGCCAAGUGUGACACCCUUCACAGAGUUUCCAGUGGGUUCUAAAUCACCCGUGACAUUUUGGACAGCGACACAUUGCCUCAGAAGAAUAGUGAAGGUUUUUGUUGUCUCUGUAGCAGUGGAGCGAUAAUUCCGUAUUUGAUUUUUUUUAUUUUUGUUUUUGAGCAACAAUGUCACUACUGGAAGGCAGAUAUGCUCAUCUUAACUGCACACUAUUCAGUCUGUACUGACUGCACUGUGUGCUGUCUGGUUCUGGCAAUUACAUGUGAAAAAUAUAAACUUCAAUAAAUUCUGAAUUCAAAUUAUUUUUCGGUAAUGAAUUAACUAUAUUCUAUAUAUCACGGUAUUUUUCUUUGCUGGUGAUGUGUAAAACUGAAAAUGUAGAGAGAACGCCUUUUUUAGUAAAGCUUCUCUGCAAAGA